AUGUGUUGGUGGAAGACCAUUGCCACCGCUUCUCGGGGCCUAGAUAAGCCUCCAGUAUCUGUAGAGCGCCCGAGACAUCACAAUAGGGAUGUAAGGCUGAUCGUAUUGAGCGCAAACUCAUCAAGUGAGAGUCCUCCUCAUCGCCAAGGUCCCACACAACCGCCAAACGCUCUGUGGAAUCCACGGUGCACCCAAUUGGAAAUCCGCCUGAAACGGGAGGUAGAACGUUGUAGGAACAUCGCAACGCAAACUUAUCUUCCUCAUGACGUAACAUACUCGGCAAUCGCGACCACACAAACUGUCGAUUUUCCUGCGUUCCGAAACAAGUGA